AUGUACUUCUUCCUCAGGCACCUGUCCAUCCUCGAACUCUGCCUGAUCUUCGUUACCGUCUUCAAGUCUAUUAGUAACGCCGUGAUGAACAGUAGAUAUAUUUCCUCGGCUGGAUGCGCUUUUCAGGUCUUCUUCUUUACCUUCUGUGGCUGUGCGGAGGUGGGCAUCCUCACGGUGAUGUUCUACGACUACUACGAGGCCAUCUGCCGCUCCCUACGCUAUGACAUCAUCAUGGGUCCAGGGGCCUGUGGGAAGAAGGCCCUCACCUCGUGGCUCAGCGGGCAACUCAUGGGGAUCCUUCAUGUCUCUAAUAUUUUCUCCCUGCUCUUCUGUGGCCCCGCGGAGAUCCACCAUUUCUUCUGCGAUUUCCCCCAGGUAUUAAAGCUCAUCUGCCCUGGAGACACAGUGGGAGAAGUAGGGGUUAUCUGCCUCAUCACUACUGUGGAUUUUUUCUAUUUCAUUUUAAUCGCUUACUCUUACAUCAACAUCAUCUGGGUCGUGCUGAAGUUGCCAUCCACCGAGGGCCGAGUCAAAACCUUCUCCACCUGCCUGCCCCACCUCGUCAUUGUCACCUUGUUCCUUUCCUCUGGGGGGUUUGAAUAUCUCAAUCUAGUUCCUGAUUUCCCUUCUAUUCUGGACUUCGUCCUCCCCAUGUUCAAUGCCAUAGUACCCCCGACUCUGAACGAUGCCAUUUAUAGCCUGAGGAACAGGGACAUAAAGACUGCCUGGGGGAAGCCUUCAGGGAGUAAGGAAUUUGCUUAG